GUCGAGGAUGACAUUUCACACGAACGUGUGUCAGGCCAGGCACCCUCAUCACUCCUAAUUUAAAUUCCAGCUUCCCAUGUCAUCCGCAUAAUAUCAGGGGCAGCAUGCCAGCGGACACCACUUAUCACGAUGAUGAUUUCGAGUUAGCCCCUUACGAGGACGAAAGUGUGAGCGGGACCAUCUACACCGACGAUCCGGACCUUCCGCUGCCUUUGCCAGAACACGAUACGAGAGCUUCCACAGAACACUUUGGUCGUGAGCCAAGGUGGUUACAGAAUACUCCUCACUGGACGAGAAAUUUCUUUCGACGAGCGACCAGCAGGAUGGAUACUCUCAGGCCCAGAUGGCUGGAAGCCCGGUCAUCAUCUUCAUUUUGGGAUUGGGUCGGGGAUCUGCUCCGACCUAGAUUCACGAUUGGAUACGUUGUAUGCUGUAUCGUCCUUCUCUACGUACUAUACUGCUACGCAUUCUGGACGCCACUUUUUGCUUCAAAUUUACCGAAAUAUACUGGGCCGUACUCUGUGGGUGCCAUUGAUGUCGAAGUUCCAGUCCGCGAACCUCGGAAAAUCAACGAUACGGUCUUCAAGCACAAUGGAGAACCUGCUUUUGCGCUGGAUACGGUCCUUUUUACGCUCUAUUACCCAACUGCGCAUGAUUCUAUGAGUUCGAGGCCAAGACAUAAAUGGUUUCCGAAACCGAUGAGCUUGAUUGCGGAAGGGUAUGCGACUGCAGCACAUUUCAAUAAUUUCUUUUCCCGGCCACUCUUCACAUUUGCGUUAUGGGGGCUUGCGAGCUCAAUAGAUAUUCCGGCCAAGGUGGAUGUUCCUUUACUGGACGAUGAGGAGGUCUCGCGUAUGCCUGUGGUUGUGCUGAGCCAUGGCGAUGUGAGUUCGAGGACGGAUUAUACAGCUUAUUGCGGCGAGCUGGCAAGCAGAGGGAUUGUGGUUGCGACCAUAGAGCAUCGAGAUGGCAGCUGUCCUGGAUCUAUGGUGCAUCUACCAAAUGGAAAGAAGAAGAAAGUACUGCUCUCCCGAGCUGAUCAAUUGAAGCCAGAGCUUCUAGGCGUGGGAGUCACCAACGACGACUGGAGAUUCCAGAAACUUGCCUUCCGUGAUGCUGAAAUACAAGAAACCAUUUCAGUUCUCCGUGAUCUGGAAUCUGGAAACGGUCAACAGAUUUUUAAGAAUAACUACAGAAACGAAGGAAAAGAUCUAGAAGACUGGCUUAAUCGUCUGGAUCUGUCACAGGUCAUCCUGGCGGGCCACAGUUUUGGUGCCACAGGAGCGCUUCAAGCUCUACAAACCGCCAAUAAAACUUCUGAUAGAGAGAUCCGAUUCGAGAACCCUGCUGUCGGCGGCAUCAUUUUCGAUCCAGGCAAAUCUUCAGGAAAGCUGAAUACGGACAUCGAUGUCCCUUUACUCAUCGUACACUCCGACUCCUGGUCCAAAACCUUCAGCAUCUUCUACGGCCGCCCACAUUUCGACACUGUCCGCGAUCUCGCACGCGACGUACUCCAACGCUGUGGUGCAACAUGGUUCAUGACGAGUCUCAAAACUUCGCACCCGAGCGUUACUGACGCUCCUUUGAUUGAGCCUUGGCUUCUCUCAUGGACUACUGGAGCGACGAUCAAUGUCAGAGAAGGUCUGAAGCAGUAUGUGCGGGUUAGCAUGGAGUUUAUUGAGUAUCUUAAGACCCGGAAACAGACUGGGUUGUUGGAUAUCGGUGUGACUCAUGUUUCGUAUGGGAAUGAUACGAGAUCUGAGGAACAGAAGGAGAAGAUUGCGAAGAAGGAUAUGAAGUUCUGGCAGGUUCAUGUUGCGCCUGAGGCGGCGAGUUUUGAGCCGGGGAGUGAUGAGGCGAAAUGAUAUCGAUGAUGAUGAGUCUUAGCGAGUACGCAUGUAGCGAUGCUUCCAUGUCGCGUCUUUCUGCGUUCUUCCAGUGCAUCAUUGAAUAUCAAACACCAUAGACUACAGUAUCUUUCGACUGACGAGACGGAAGCAGAAGCAUUGAGCACGGACCAGCAGUUGUCACGACAACACAAAUUUACCGACA